AUGAAGUUCAUCUCCAUCACCGCAGUCAGCAUCUCGGCUAGCCUUGCCGCAGCAGAAUUUGGUCCCGGCGGACCCAGUGGAUGGGGAAUGGGCGGCGAUGGCUGGGGUGGAGCCGGUUUCGGCGGCGGCGAGGCCGACUGUGCUCAACCGUGCUUCUCGUCCGCAUUCCCCACGCAAACCGCCGCCUGGUCGAGCGCCUGUGCCUCGCAGAGCGCUCUCGACCAAUGCGUUUCUUCGGCCUGUUCGACCUCGACCUCGGCCGCGUCGGCCGUCUCCAGCGUCGCGUCCAAGUGGUGCUCUGCCUUCUCCAGCUGCUCUGGCCAGGGGAACGACUGCUACGGCGGCGAGUGGGGCUGGUUCGGUGGCGGCCCCGGAUUCGGAGGCUGGGGCCCUAGCACCGGGACCGAUGGGCGUUUCACCGUCACCGUCACGAACUCCAACAGCGCAACCGGCCUCACAACACGCACCGUCACCGUCACCCAAUCCACCAGCGGCACCCGCACCCAGACGCGCAGCACCGCCACCCAGACGGGAACCUUCGUCUUCGCCGCGGCCCAGGGCACGGCUGACGCGACGGCAUCCGCGACGAGCACCCCGACCAACACCAAGAACGCGGCCGCGCCGGCUAUCACGGGCGGUGCGGGCGCCGGCGCGGGUGCGCUGGUCAUGAUGGCGCUGGGUGCGCUUAUUGCGCUGUAG